UCCAAAGUCUGAAAGAAGAGCUAAAGGAGUUUCUUGGAAGCCACUCUUGGAGGCAUUAGCUUUCUACGUGUUUGUGUGUCACUGUGUCUCUAUAUACAUACCCCCAAUUCCAAAUGUCACAACACCCUGCACUGGCCUAGACCACAAGCCUCUCACAUAAUAAUAAACUCAAUUCAUACUCAAGCUACCACUUGAUCAUUUCACUUUCCUAACUUGUCAAUUUUCUUUCAUCUUCUUCGUGUUUGUUUGUGAGUGACUUCAACAUAUCACAGUCAUUUCAUCAGAAACUUCACCUACACUGAUCUCACCACUUCAAGCAGGGUCAAUUUUUCAACUAGUCAUCAAUGGCAGGGAAAAUCAAGAACAAGUUGGAGGUUGAAUUGGGCUGCAGUUUCAUGGCAAGAUUUUUCAACCUCAAAAACAAUAAGCUAAGAAAAUCCUCUGUUCAUUCACUACCCAUGAAGGCUAGCAACAACAACAGCAUCAUCAUUCCACAGCACAAAGAACAAGGCAAAAACGAUGCCAAGAGGCCUCAAAUUCUUGAACCAAACAAGGUUCAAAAUCCAAUUCCAACAGAGCCUCAUUCAUCCAGAAAGAGUACUUCUAGUUCUGCAUACCGAAAUUCGAGACCUUCAGAUGCUGCAAGAAGCUCAAUUCAACAGAGCCAGGACUCAAGCGAAGAAAGCAACCAUAAUCUGCAACUUGCUAGGAUAAGCACUAGUCACCAGCCGCAGAGAGAAACCAACGAGGGAAAAUCCCCAGCCUUGAAAAUCACUGGGAACUUGCUUAUGAAUAACAGUCCAAGAAAUAGUGUUACCAAAAGUCAGGAUUGUGCUGCCAAGAAUAAAGAAUUGAACACUUUGUCAAGUUCUUAUCGCAGUAAUGGUGUGAUGGGGAAUAUUAUGAGGAAGGGCGGGGAUGAGGUUGCACAAUUUCGAAGUCCGAGGACAGGAAGAGGAGCAGACCCUGAGGUGUUGAAGCACAUGGGAAAUGAAGCAUACAAGCAGGGAAGGUUUGGAGAAGCUUUGGCUUUGUAUGACAGAGCAAUUGCUCUUGAUUCUAACAAGGCAACGUAUCAUUGCAACAAGAGUGCGGCUUUGAUUGGCUUAGGACGGUUCGUGCAGGCGAUUGUUGAAUGUGAGGAAGCUAUCAGGCUUGAACCUUCAUAUGGCAGAGCUCAUAGCCGUUUGGCUACUAUAUAUUUCAGAUUGGGAGAUGCAGAAAAGUCACUGAAUUGCAAUCAUGAAACCCCAUAUGUUGAUUCUGUACUCACUUUCAAAGCUGAGGCUCUUCAAAAUCACCUUAACAAAUGCACUGAAGCCAGGAACAUUAAAGACUGGAAGGUUAUACUAAAGGAAACACAGUCUGCAAUGUCCUUAGGUGCUGAUUCUGCUCCACUGGUUUAUGCUUUGCAAACUGAAGCCUUGUUGAAGCUUCAAAGAUAUCAAGAGGCAUUUGCUAACUACGAGAAAAUGCCAAAAUAUGACCUUGAUUGGUGUAACAAAUUAUUUGGUGUGGCUCCCAGCGCUUACAUUUUGAUGACAGGAGCACAAGUUUACUUGGCAGCCGGAAGAUUUGAGGAAGCUGUGACAGCAUCUCAAAAAGCAGCUAAACUUGAUCCGAACAGCAGCGAGGUGAAUGCAGUGGUAAGGAGGGCUAGAGCAGUUACAUCGGCCAGAAUGAGCGGUAACUUGCUCUUCAAGGCAUCAAAAUUCACGGAAGCGUGCGCGGUAUACAAUGAAGGACUAGAACAUGAUUCCUACAACUCAGUUCUGCUAUGUAACAGAGCAGCAUGUCGCUCCAAGCUAGGCCAAUUCGAGAAAGCAGUUGAAGAUUGUAAUGUAGCCCUUAUAGUCCAGCCUAGUUAUAGCAAGGCAAGGUUGAGAAGAGCAGAUUGCAAUGCCAAGUUGGAACGAUGGGAAGCUGCAAUUCAAGACUAUGAAAUGCUAAUAAGAGAAAAGCCAGGGGAUGAGGAGGUAGCCAGGGCUCUGUUUGAGACACAGCUACAAAUGAAGAUGCUGCGCGGUGAAGAUAUUAAGGAUUUGAAAUUUGGUUCAAAUUUGGUUUUCAUCUCUAGCAAUGACCGGUUUAGACAUUAUGUAACCUCACCUGGAAUGUCUGUGGUGCUCUUUUGCAACAAGGCAACCCAGAAACAAGUAUUGCUGGUGUUGGAACAAACCUGCAAGAGAUUCCCAUCAGUUAAUUUCCUCAAGGUGGAGAUUGAAGACCAUCCUUACUUGGCAAAAUCAGAAGGUGUGAACUCUGUCCCAUCCUUCAAAAUAUACAAGAACGGAUCAAGGGUUAAAGAAAUUCCAGGCAACCACCACCAAUUACUAGAAAGUUCAGUUAAAUUGUACAGCAGCUGAAGAUAAUCACGCCUCUUAAAAUUACCAAAUACACACAAGGAAAUGAGGAACAGAAACCAAUCUAAUUAUAUCUGGCUUUAUAGAAAUGGCUUACCUUGUUACAAGGCAAAAAAAAAAAACCAAAGAAGAAGCAUAGGAAAAAGGAAAUUUUUUGUGUUAGCAGUUGAUUCUUUUAAUCCUUUAGUUGUUUGAGCAAUAUUUAAUUCUUCAUACCCCAUGUUUCUUGCAAUGUAUAUUGGUUUGGGAAACCUACACAACUUCAAUUUUGGUUUUUUGUUUUCUUUUUCCGGUUGAUCAUUUUGUAUAUUCUUUACAGGAGUGGAUUUCAAUAGGGUUGUGAUUGUAAAUUAUUUGAGCAGUUUGGUGAAAGGAACACAAUUGCUGUAUAUUACAGAAACAUUGUGGAAUAUAUUAAGUUAUUAACUUUUGUUCGAAA